GUGUAAGGAGCUGGGUGAGGGAGAGACAGCUUCACUUUCUUGCUGCCCCGGUUAUUACCCAAUGCGGACUCCAGGUACCAAUCGAGACGAGACGUUUGAAGCCGCACAGACCAUCAGGCGAUCACGGCAAAUAGCGCCCGAGAGAAGAAGCAAGCCGAGCCGGAGCCACCAACAAGGCUUUCCAUCCCUCUGGCAGGUCAUCGUCAAACGUGACUGCAAACCUGGAUAGCGUCUGCCUUUGACAGCGCACCACCCGCCACCUCCCGACAUCUCGACAUCUCGACACCUCGACGUCGUCUCUCGCUGUCCUUUUCAGAAAGCAGCCAGCCUUUGUGAUCGGGCACCUCUGAAGAGGACCCUUGCGAAUUUUGUUCUCACCCCAGAACCAGCCGCCACCACCUCGCCAACCAUGCUGCCGUUAUCAGUGCGACGGGCUGUCGCGUCUGCGGCUCCCCAGUCGCCUGUGACGGUGGUUUCCUCCCUGACUGCGUCGGCUCCCAAAGCCGCCUACAAGGCCAAUGGUCUCCACCAGCGCCGGUACUCGUCCUCAAAACCCUCAAGCCCGGAUGACGGCGCCCGCGAUUUCGCCGCCCGGCCCUCCGUGCCCGCCUCGGGCAACUCCAAGACGACCGGCGAGAAGCGCAAAAGAAAGGCCAAGGACGCCGGCCCCCAGCUCCCCAGCGUCCCCAGCACCAAGCACAUCAAGGACGAGGCCCUCGCCCUGUCCACCUUCUUCGCCCUCCACCGGCCCAUCUCCGUCACACAGCUCCUCCCCAAGACGGUGACCGAGGAUGCCUUUGCCGAGAUCUUCAACACCCGCUCGCCGCGUCACAGGGUGUCUGACGUCCUGUCGACCCUGUCACAAACGCAGGAGCGGAUGCAGCAAGAGAUUCAGGAAACCGGAGAGCCGCCGAGGCGCGCCGACGGCGCCCCGUUUGAGAUGAGCGGCGAGAGCAACGUCUAUUUUCAGCUCAACUCCAUGGCAGGCCAGUUCCUGCCUUAUGCGCCGCCUCCGGCACCCAAGCCGAUGGCCGAUGGCGCCGCCGCCGCCGUUGAUGCUCUUGUCGACGAACUUGCCGGCACGACGCUGGAAGCGAGCGAGGAGCCCCAGACGAGGGUGUACAAGGCCAUGGUCACGAUCGAGGAGACGGUGGAGGCGGACGGGCAGUACAAGGUUGUUGCGCACAGCCCGGAACUCAUCGACAGUGCGGAGCAGGGCGGCGUUCAGCCGAGGACGUUUUUGGAGAGGAUGGCGCUGCGCCAGCUGAAGUAUGACGAGUCGAGACGGCUACAGGACCGGGCCAUGCAGGCCAUUAGUGUGAAGAGGCAGAGGAAGUUGCGGAUGAAGAAGAAGAAGUACAAGAAGCUGCAGAAGAGGACGAGAAACGAGAGGAGAAAGUUGGAUAGAUUGUAAAUAGAUUGUCGGAUUAUGAUGUAUGGGGUGGUGGGUGGGAUUGGGGGGGGACGGCGGCGUAUUUGUACAUAAUCCACUUCUCUCUCUUUUUUUUCUUUUCCUUUUUGAUCAACUGACAAGAACAAACCAAUGUCUAGAAAGAGUUA